AUGGCGCUCUUCUCCUUCCCUUUGCUAGUUGCUACAAUCACCGCGACUGCCCUCGUGCUCUUCACCCCACGGCCUAGCCCCCCGGGGGGAAGCGCCCGCUCCCCCCCCCCCCCCCGCGGCGGGGCGCGGAAGCUCCAGGCGGGCGUCCAGGGAGGCCCCCCCUCCCCGGUGGGGCGCGGAGGCUCCAGGGAGCUCCCCCAGCGUGGCGCGGAGGCUUCAGGGAGGCGGGGUGCGGAGACUCCAGGGAGCACGGUUGGGCGGGCUUUGGGAGGGCAUGAAGGGUCUGAUAAUGCUGUCACAAAGCCAGACUGGCUCCUUGAAGGGAUGGAUCCAAAUUCAACAUAUGUUUUAGAAAUUAGACUGUUUGGCAACAAGAAGAGAGUUAGAAAGGAUUUCAAAUGUUUUUGUUUUGAUAUGACCGUUGAUUCAGAUUUGACAAACUAUAAGGAUUUACUUGAAGAGAUUGUAGACAAGCACCCGCCUGGCUACUUCUAUGUCUUUUCCACCAAGUCAAAAUUUGACCUCAAAUAUGAACAGUAAGGAUAACCAACUCGUUUCAAGUAUUGGAGCAUCAAAAAGCGAGGAGAUUACAUCCAAGAAAAUGGCAAAUACGUGCAAAUCUAGUUCUGGAGCAUCAAAAAGGUCAAUUUCAGAUUCAAAUGAACCUCUGCCUACAGCUGCUCCAGUCAAGGCAAAGAGCAAAAGGAAAAUGAAGACUACUAAAAAGAAAACCCCAACUCCUAUGCUACCACUUGACAGCCCUGCAAUGGGCACAAGAAGCAAAAGGGUGGAUCCUGCUAGCCCUGCAAUGAGCACAAGAAGCAAAAGAAGGCUAAGCUUGUGAUCCUCAUGUAUUUGUGAAUUUGGAUGUGAAUUUGAACUCCUGUGAACUUGGAUGUGAAUUUGAACUCCUGUGAACUUGCAUGUGAAUGUCAACUCCUGUGAACUUGCAUGUGAAUUUGAACUCCUGAAUUUGAAUUAAUGUGGUGUCGGUAUGUGAACUUUCUA